GGUCAGUAUGACGGAAGUUGUGUCUAAAACGAAAGAGGUGUCGCAAAGGAAAACAGGCCUAAACUACUGUUAUGUCAAAACUAGAGAUUAGAGAUACGACCAUUCCUGCCCCAAGUUGCACUCGAUUGUCUGAUAUUGCGCGUGACAUUGGACUGGAGUUGAACGAUGAAGAACUAAAGGAAUACAGAGAUACCAUAAAGACAACAAUAAGUGAGACAUUUCAAGAUGUUUAUGAUAUGGUGGAACCCAAGCUCCCUGUGAAGUAUCCUCGGACACCAGGAUACAGGCCGACCAAACAGGAAAACCCUCUGAAUGCCUGGCACUGGAAGUGUGAUAUCCAAGGGACAAGAAGUGGACUCCUUGACGGCAAGACGGUUGCCAUCAAAGACAACAUCCCAGUAGCAGGAGUACCCAUGAUGAUCGGAUCUCGGAUACUGGAGGAUUUCGUACCGGAUAUAGAUGCUACAGUUGUAACCCGGGUACUUGAUGCCGGAGGUCGGAUUCUUGGCAAAGCUACUUGUGAGGAGUUUUGUUAUAGUGAUGGUAGCUUGACUGCUUGCACUGGACCAGUCCUGAAUCCACAUCAAAGUAGCAUGAAUGUAUGUCGGCCAGUUAUGGCAGGUGGAUCUUCCUCUGGAUGUGCAGCACUGAUUGCUGCGGGGGAAGUAGACAUGGCGAUAGGAGGCGACCAAGGUGGUUCCAUACGAACACCAGCAGCAGCAUGCGGUAUAGUUGGGCUCAAGCCUACCUUUGGUCUUGUACCAUACACAGGGAUCGCUUCAAUAGAUUUCACUAUAGACCAUGUUGGACCCAUGGCCAAAGACGUGUGGAACACUGCUCUCCUGCUAGAGGUGAUUACCGGACGAGAUGAAGACAUGGAUCCAAGACAACCCUGUAAUCUGACUGUACCACCAUACACAAAACUGUUGACAGGAGACAUAAAAGGAAUGAGAAUUGGUUUGGUAAAGGAGGGCUUUGAGUCCCCUUCAAUGGAGGAGACGAUAAGCCAGAGUGUCAAAGGAGCAGUCGAGUUGUUGAGAAGAGAAGCUGGAGCAAAAGUCGAAGAAGUAUCGAUUCCAUGGCAUUCAAUUGGAGGAAAGAUAGGUAGCACCAUGUUCUUAGAGUACGCUGGGACUUCACUUCUUGAUGGGUCGACCUUCACGUCCAGUUCAUAUAAUGACACCAAUCUACAACAGGCAAUCGCACGAGGACUCAAGACACAACCCAAUCAUCUGUCAAGGAAUUUGAAGUUUUGUCUUCUUAUUUCAAGAUACAUGAAGGACACCUGCAAUGGCGUACUAUACAGCAGAGCACAAAACCUACGAAGAGAGCUGACCAAGGCUUACGAUGAAGCUUUGAAGAGUUUUGAUGUACUCAUUAUGCCAACAUGUCCUAAAACAGUCAUUCAGUUCCCCGACAAAGACGCCCCAUUCAAAGAGUAUAUGGAUUCGUGUUUGAUCCCACAUCCCAACACGUCACAGUUUGACGUCACUGGCCACCCAGCCUUGUCUAUUAAUGCACCAUCACCAAAUACAUCAACUGGUUACCCAAUUGGGAUGAUGAUCGUUGGCAAAAAGUUUGACGAAGUCAGUGUUCUCAAUGUGGCCUAUGUGUAUGAGAAACUAAGGGAAAGCCAAAAGGGAACAAGCCAAAAUUAGAUCGAAAAACUUUGAUCGAUGCUCUGAAACUAGCCUGCGUCACAUUCGGAAUUUUCUUCGUAAAUACCGUCUGCGAAACAUCGCCAGAAAGCUUGUUCUAGACCCCCUGCAAAUUGCGCGAUUAUAUAUAAUAGAUUCUGAUUGGCUGUUAGCCAUUGCUCAUUCUAAAGUGAACUUCCAUUGGAUAACACCGGAUGUGACGCAGGCUAUCUGAAACAACCUCUGGGCUGAUCCAAGUCAGGGCACGGCUAACUCACAGAUCGAUGCUCUGAAACAACCUCUGGGCUGAUCCAAG